AUGGAGACAGCCUACAGUCCUAUAGCUGUACUUCGUUCUUGUAUUCUUUUAUACUUUCUAGUGCUUGCAUGGAAAGUAUUCAACUGCGCGUGGUUAACUCCCAAGAGGCUGGAGAAGCGGCUGAAAGAGCAAGGUCUCAGAGGAAAUCCUUACAAAUUUCUCUAUGGAGACUUCAAACAGAUUUCAACCUUGCUCAAGGAAGCUCAUUCCAAGACAAUCAAUCUCUCUGAUGACUUAUUCCCAAGAGUUAUUCCUCAUCUCCAUGAAGCCGUCAAGAAAUAUGGUAAGAAUACAUACAUAUGGCUUGGACCAAAACUGACAGUGGUGAUCAUGAACCCUGAACACAUAAGGGAGAUUACCAUCUUUCAAAAACCUGGUGAUACUCCAGAUACCAAAUUGUUGGUACAAGGGCUGGUGAGCUAUGAUGGUAAUAAAUGGGCUAAACACAGAAAACUCAUCACUCCCGCUUUCCAUGUGGAGAAAUUGAAGCACAUGGUCCCAUCAUUUUGUACCUGUGCUGGUGAGAUGUUGAGCAAAUGGGAGGAGAUUGUUUCGACCAAUGGCUCCUGUGAGUUGGAUGUUUGGCCGGAUCUUCGAACUCUGACUUGUGAUGCAAUUUCACGGACAGCAUUUGGUAGUAACUAUAAAGAAGGUACGAGGAUAUUUGAACUUCAAACAGAACAGGCUCAAUACCACCUAAAGGCUCUAAAAUCAGUAUACUUCCCAGGAUGGAGGUUCUUGCCAACAAAAAGGAAUAGAAGAAUGAAACAAAUUGCAAAAGAUGUUCAUGAAUCUAUCAGGAAAAUUAUAAAUGCAAGAUUGGAAGCAAUGGAAGCAGGUGAAGCUUGUGCAGAUGACUUAUUGAGUAUAUUACUCGAAUCCAAUUCUAAAGAAAUUGAUUAUCAUGGAAACAAGGGUUUUGGCAUGAGUAUUAGAGAGGUUAUUGAAGAAUGUAAGCUGUUCUAUUUUGCGGGGCAGGAGACCACUUCAGUGCUGCUUGUCUGGACAAUGAUCUUAUUGAGUAGGUAUCCAAACUGGCAAGCGCGUGCAAGAGAAGAGGUUUUGCAACACUUUGGGACUAACAAGCCAGAUUUGGAUGGACUAAAUCACCUAAAAUUGGUCACCAUGAUACUACACGAGGUUCUCAGACUAUAUCCACCAGUACCUGAAUUGGCUCGAAAAGCCGCUGAAGAAACUCAAUUGGGAAAUUUAACUCUCCCAUCUCAAGUGCAGGUAUCAUUGCCAGCAAUGUUGUUGCACUAUGACCCUGAAAUAUGGGGGGAUGAUGUGAAGGAGUUUAAGCCAGAGAGGUUUGCUGAUGGAGUCUCAAACGCAACAAAUGGAAAAGUUGCAUUCUUCCCAUUUGGUUGGGGACCUCGCAUAUGUAUUGGCCAAAACUUUGCUAUGUUAGAAGCAAAAGCGGCACUAGCUAUGAUUCUGCAGCGCUUCUCCUUUGAACUUUCACCAUCUUAUACACAUGCUCCCCGUGUAGUUUUAACUAUUCAGCCGCAGUAUGGUGCUCACUUGAUUUUGCACAAAUUGUAG